AUGGUGAGACUCUGCUGGCCCCCAGGCGGCACGGCAGGUACCAGGCACCCUCUUCUUCCAGAUCCCCCCGGCCGAUGGAGCACCGACCUGCUCCGGCAGAAGAGCCUGCGGGCCGGAGCUCUCCGAGGACGCCCGACCACUCUACGCGGCAAACGCGCUGUCCUAAAGUGCUCGAGGAAGCUCAGGCGGAGUCCUGGGCUCGCCCGGCACGACGGCUACAGUUUGUCCAAAGGACGCGCAUCCUUCGCGCUCCUCGCUGAAGGAGCAAGAAGUUCGUGCCCAGCGCGCCGCGCGCUGGGGCUCGGCCAGCACCCCAACCUGUGCGCGCCGAAGCCGAGGGAGCAAGUUCCGGGAGGCUCCCGAGAGCUCAAAGUUCCCGGGGAGCCCAUCCCCAGGCCGGGCCGGUCUCCUCGCGAGGGCGCCCCUGCGGGCCUCGCCCCCGGCCCCCGCCGCGGGCGGCAAACAUGUGCCACGCGAGUGUCCCGGAAGAGAAAUGACAGCUUCGGGAGAACGGAGUCCGCCGCGGGCGCGGGGCGCCGGGCUCCAGGCGGGCUCCAGGGCCGCCCGGGCCGGCCAGCCGCGGACCGGACGCGGGAUCGUGCCUGUUUCCGCGGUCCCUGCCCACGACCCGAGAGCCACGCUUGGCCGGGGACACGGCCCGGAGCGCUCCCCGGAGGCGGCGGCGCCGGGGCUCCCGGGCCUCGGCUCCGCGCCGCCGCCACGCUCCCCGCCCGGCCGCCUCGGCCUCCUCCCCGCCGGCCCGGCCUCCCCGCCGGCCCGGCCUCCCCGCCGCCGCCGCCGCCACUUACUUCAGCGCGAGGGCGGGGAGGGGGCCACGGCUCCGCUGGCGUCGGGGCGGCGCGGGGAAGGCGUCCCUCGGCCCUUCCGCUCCUCACAGGCUCCGGCUUGAGGCGCGACGCGGGCGGAACAAACGGGCUCCACUACCCGCGGGGGCCGGCCAUUGUGCGACGUCAUCAGGCCGCGACAGUCGUCCUGCGGGCCGGCGGGCUUCCCUCGCUCGCCCCGCCCUCCGCCCGCUUCCUUCCGGCCUCCGCGCGGCCGCCUCCGCGCGGCCCCGCCCCCGCGGCGCGCGCCCGCCCGAGCCCGCCACGGCGCAGGCGCCGCCGAAGGCCCCGCCCCAGGGUGUGUCUUCGAGCCCGCGCGCCGCCGGCCGCCUGA